UUCAGAUGGGAAUCAAAUGGGAUUUUUUCAGUCCGAACUCCGAAGCUGCUAUCUGAAACUUGUUGGGGAGUUUAAUAGUUCGAACUGGCUCGGUUGGACUUCAAUCUGGAGCUGGAGAUUACACCCCAAGAUUAAACAAUUUUUUUGGUGGCUUUGUUGUGUCUUAUACCAGCGAGAGUGAAUCUGAAAUCCGGUGGGUGGACUGGUGUGUGAUGAAGUGUGGGCUAUGCGGGAGAUAUGAAGAGUCAUGGUGCCAUCAUUUUGUUAUGUGUCUGGUGGCUAAGGAGGAGUUGAAUGGGGUAAGAUGGGUUUGAGCAAACUGCACGGGGGCUGAUUUUUGGAGAUGGUACGAAUUUCAGACUCGCUCAGUGGAGGAGCUACAUAAGCUGGUUUGGGGCUGUUGGGGGUUGUGGGGCGAAAGGAAUUGCAGGGUCUCGAAUGGGGUUUGGUUGGAAUCGAAACAAAUUUUGUUGAAUUUUUUGUUGCAUGUUUGAGCAUAUGCAUAGAAGACCGAGUGAUUCACAAUCUGAAGGGCGGGGAGAAGAGUCAGAGAAGAGAAGGAGAGAAAGAUCCAAACAGACUUGAAUUAGAGUAACCAGAACUGAUAUGCAUCUUCUUGGGUUGGAUGAGAGUAUGGUUUUGGAGAGAGCGAAGUGGAGGGUGCACAUCCGUGUGGACGAUUGAUUUCUUGUCUACUUUUCCUUUUUUUUUUUUCUUUUAUCGUUUAUCUUCCUUAUCAUUUUAUAUUCUUAUGUUAUUUUUAUCUUCUAGCUUUUUAUGCUCUUUUAUUUUUUAUCUUUUAUCUUUGUUAUAUUCUUGUGUUAUUGUUAUCUUAUAUUUAUUUGUCUUUAUUUUAUUCAUUUUAUCUUACUUUUUUUUUUUCCUUUUCUUAUCCGUCUUCUCUUUUUGGCAUCCAUAUCAUAGAUCGAUUCAUGUUAGCCGACCCCAAAUUCUUUUGGGAUUAAGACUUAGAUGUUGUUGUUUUGUUGCAGGUUGGGAGAAUGCUCAACAAAUAUGUGGCUCUCAGGCAGCCCCUGAGAGGUGGGAUCGAACAAUUUGGAGUAGACCAGGUGUAGGGCGAGUCAAGCUCAACGUAAAUACUGUUGUCCGUUGAUAAGUCCGUAUUACAACACGCAUUUGAUGCGUGUUGGGAUCGACUUUUGAUGUUUUCCCUAACUUUUAGGUGUCACAAAUCUCAAUUUUAAUUUAGCUCAAGUUAUGUGUAUCAGGCGUUGGUUCGGGUUUUAUGUUGUUUGGAGUCAAAAAUCAGGUAAUUAGAUCCGGCACCAGCGUUUGAGAAGCAAUAAAAAAGAGUUGAUGAGCAUCAAGAGAGUUUUAGAGGUCUCUGGGAGGUUCACGGUGAAGAAUUAAUGAAGAGAAGACUUUUGGGAUCGAUUCUGGAGCAAUUGGAAGCAUUCGGGAGAAGAAACGAAGAGAAAAAAAUGAAGAAAAGGUCACGCACGGUCGUGCCCAGCAACCAUGCACGCCGUGUGUGCCUAUAAGAUGACCAGACGACAGAAAAGGGUCAGGCACAGUCGUGCCUGGGAGAUAGGCACGUCGUGCCUGUAGUGUAAUGAAGCAGCAGUUCCCUGGAAGUCAAGCACGGUCGUGCCUGGCCAUGAGGCACGCCAUGCCUGUAGCAUAUCGGAGAUCUCAUCCGCUGGAACCAAGGCACGGUCGUGCCUGGCUGGGUGCACGUUAUGCCUAGACGCGAAAAUUCAGCCUAGCUCCGCAGGCACGGUCGUGCCUGGCGUCGUGCCUGAUCCCGAAAACUCUAAUUGUACUCGAAUUUCAGCUCCUUUUUUUAAAUAAGGCCUGUAUGCUCCCAUUUAAGGGUUACGAAACUUGGAGAGAGGCCUCGGCUCGAGUAUAGACUAGUUUUUCCGUUGUUUUGCUCAUGACCCUAGGAUUAUUUGUAAGUUUCAUCUUUUUAAUUAAUGACAAUUAUUUCUAUUCAUUUCCAAUUGUGUUGAUUAUUCAAUUAUGAGUCGGGAGUAGUUUUAAUUAGGGAUUUGAGAUUGAUGAAGGGGUUAAUCACGAUGUAUGGCUAAAUUAAUGAUGGAUUAAUUGCAUGAAUGUGUUUAAUUUGUGUUUGAAUGAAUUAACUGAUCUCUUGUAACUUAGAACUGGAGCUAGAAUUACAAAUGCUUGUAGAAUAAAUUAAGAUAGAUCUAGUUUAUUCGCACUUUAUUUUUCCCGUAUACCCGGUCGGGUAAACCCAUGUACCCGGUCGUGUAUCUUGAUCUAGAGAGUUUUCUGUCACGCUACCUGGUCUGGUAGCCAGACGGGUAUUCUUCACUGGUCCAGACUUCAAAAUACCCGGUCGGGUAAAACACCUUACCCGGUCGGGUAUAACACCUUACCCGGUCGGGUAUCACUUCCAGAGAGUUACCAGGCCAAAAUCUUCCUCAUACUCGGUCGGGUAACCUAACAUACCCGGUUGGGUAUCUGCUGUUGUAUUCAAAACAAGGCUCCAUCUUCAACAGAGCAAGGAUGUGAAUUCAUUGAUGUGAAAUUGGAUGCGGGUUCACACAUGCAAUUCUAGCUGGCAAAUACCUAGUGCAACUGCAAGAUGGUUGGUUAAUAACUUCUUCAAAUCUAAGGUUGGUGUCUGUGAGAUGAAACUGUCUUCAAUGCAAGAGAUGGUAAAAAAUGAACUUAAUUGUGAUGUCUCUUUGGAGCAGAUGAAGAAGGCAAAGUCAAUUAUUAAAAAGAUGGAAAAGGGAGAUAUACAAGAAGAGUACAAAAAGUUAGAGGAUUAUAAGGCAAAGAUUUUAAGGUUAAAUAAUGGGAAUACAUGUAUUCUCCAGGUGAAACAACCAAGCCCAAUAUUUGACAGAUUCUAUGUGUCAUAUGAUGCGUGCAAGAAGGGGUUCAUAGAGGGUUGUAGAAGGUUGAUUGGGAUAGACGGUGCCUUUUCGAAGUCUGAUGUAAAAGGUGAAAUCUUAACUGCUGUGGGAAGAGAUGGGAAUAGCCAGAUGUUCCCAAUUGCAUGGGCAAUUGUGGGAUCUGAAACAAAGGCAACUUGGAAAUGGUUUCUUGAGAUCUUAAGAGAUAAUCUAGGCAUUGAUAGAGGGAAAGGCUGGGCAUUUGUAUCUGAUCAACAGAAGGUGUUCCAUAUAUAUAUUUAUUUAUUAAUCUUUUUUUAUUGUAUAAGUAGAAAUCUAACUUAGUUUUUUGAAAAUAUUGUAGGGGUUAAUGCUAGGUCUCUCUUGGGGUAUUCUCAGCUUGAAUUUGUUAGGAAGUUGGUGAUGAAGAGACUUAUAAAGAAUAGGGAUUUGGGAGAUAAAUGGGUUGGAGUAUUGGGUCCCAGGAUUAGGAGAAGGAAGUAAAAAUGUUAGAGCAAGUUAUAAGUGGAGGGUGCAGUUUAAUGGAUCACAGGGUUAUGAGGUUUUUUUGUGGACCAGACACGUAUCUCGUCGACUUGAGCAAUAGAAGUUGUUUAUGUGAAUAAUGGGACUGGAAUUCCGUGUAAGCAUGUCAUCUGUGCAAUGGGAUGUGUCUCCAAUUGGUACAAAAAAGACAUGUAUUGUAAGGCUUAUGCUCACAUGAUGACCCCCUUAGCAGGUCCUAUUUUCUGGCCCAAAACUGAUGUCAUAGUACUUCCAGCAGAGUUGAAACAAAAAGAGCUUGGCAGACAAAGAAAAAACAGAAUUAAAGAGUUGGGUGAGUUUCCUAGAAGUGGAAAGUUAACCAAAAGAGGUACAAGUAUUACUUGUCAACUCUGCUUUAGAAAAGGUCACAAUAAAAAAGGGUGUCCAUCAAAGGAGAUAAUAAUGCAAGGCCUGACUUCUUUCCCAAUGGAAAAUCAGGAUACUUUUAAUGAGGGUCUGCCAGAAGAUAACACCCAACAGUCUUGCACAUUAGACUUAGAAGUUUCUAAAAAUAGAAAUCACAGGAAAUGUGGGCAUUGCUCUCAAACAGGACACACACGAAAGACAUGCCCAAUGAAGAAGAAUUUAGAUCAGGUCAAUAUAUUUUAACAAAUGCAUGUGCUUUAUUACCUUGAAACUGAAAAUUGAAAUUUUUGUCUAACAUUUUUCAUUCAUAUUGCAUAAUAUGAUUGUAUGAUAGGCAAGUGAUGCUAUGAUUGAGCCUCCAGAAGAAGCACAAGUCCUACUCAUAAUAGUUUGGAAGCAUAUUUUGUGCACAAUCAAGAAAUGAGUAAGGAAAAUAAUGAUGGCGUGUUCCAGUGGAGAGGUAACAAUUGUAUAACGGCAACAGGUUUGGAGGUAAUAUAAGUCUGUAAACUUUCUGUACACGUAACCUUUUUCUAUUUCUGAUAAGGUAUACUAUGUUUAUGCAUGUAUAUUGACUUUUGUGGUAUAUGAUGUUCAUGUUUUAUUUGACAGAGAUUAAGAUCAAUGAAUCAAAAGGAGAUACUCAAACUUCAAGGAAUUAUAAAAAAAGGCAUGUUGAAGAAAUGGAUUUUACUGGAAAUGCCACUGCAGCAAGACAGAGAUUUCACCACCUAUUUGAUUCCAUGGAAGAUGUUGCACAAGAUGUUUCCCAACUCAUUGACCCUACUCAGUAGUCGUAGUAGUAGUGUAUCAAUUGUGUUUUGUAAUCUACAAAUGAUCUUUUUUUGGGGUUCAUGGGAGCCGAGAUACUGAUGAUGCAUAUAUAGCAUCUGGUCUUGUUCAACUUGUUUUGUUGUCAAUACAUUAUUAUUAACAUUAUUCUUAAUGCGUUGGGCUUUGUCAAUUCAGUUUUAUUGUGUAUGUAGCUGCAAGG